CCGGAGCCGGCAGCCCCGCGGCCCAGCCAUGGCCCUGGUCACCCUGCAGCGCUCGCCGACCCCCAGCGCCGCCUCCUCGGCCAGCGCCAGCGAGCUGGAGGUUGGCAGUGAUGAAGAUCGCAAAUUAAACCUGAGCUUAAGUGAGAGCUUUUUCAUGGUGAAAGGAGCAGCGCUUUUCUUACAACAGGGAAACAGUCCACAAGGCCAGCGGAGUCUGCAGCAUCCUCACAAGAAUGCAGCAGGUGACUUGCCUCAGCACCUUCAAGUGAUGAUCAACCUUCUGCGCUGUGAGGACAGAAUCAAAUUGGCUGUGCGCUUGGAAAGCACGUGGACAGAUCGAGUCAGAUACAUGGUGGUCGUGUAUAGCAGUGGGCGGCAAGACACAGAAGAAAACAUUUUACUGGGAGUGGACUUUUCCAGCAAAGAAAGUAAAAGCUGCACUAUCGGGAUGGUCUUGCGCCUGUGGAGUGAUACCAAGAUACAUCUUGAUGGAGAUGGUGGAUUUAGUGUGAGCACUGCAGGGAAGAUGCAUAUCUUCAAACCAGUUUCUGUGCAAGCUAUGUGGUCUGCCCUGCAGAUCCUCCACAAAGCUUGUGAGGUCGCACGGAGGUACAAUUACUUCCCAGGUGGAAUGGCUCUGGUCUGGGCCACAUACUAUGAAAGCUGCAUCAGUUCGGACCAGAGUUGCAUCAAUGAGUGGAACACGAUGCAGGACCUGGAGUCGACACGCCCCGAUUCCCCAGCGUUGUUUGUUGACAAGCCAACUGAGGGGGAAAAAACAGAGCGGUUCAUUAAAGCCAAACUCCGAAGUAUCAUGAUGAGCAAAGAUCUGGAAAACGUGACCUCCAAGGAAAUACGAAAUGAGCUGGAGAAGCAGAUGAACUGCAACUUGAAAGAAUUCAAGGAAUUUAUAGACAAUGAAAUGCUGCUUAUCCUGGGGCAGAUGGACAAACCAUCUCUGAUUUUUGAUCACCUGUAUCUGGGGUCUGAGUGGAAUGCCUCCAAUCUGGAAGAGCUUCAAGGCUCGGGUGUCUACUACAUUUUAAAUGUCACCAGGGAGAUAGAUAAUUUUUUUCCUGGUCUAUUUGCAUAUCAUAAUAUCCGGGUGUAUGACGAGGAGACGACAGACCUCCUGGCUCACUGGAACGAGGCAUAUCAUUUCAUAAAUAAAGCCAAGAAAAAUCACUCUAAGUGUCUGGUACACUGCAAAAUGGGUGUUAGCCGGUCUGCCUCUACGGUUAUAGCUUAUGCAAUGAAGGAAUUUGGCUGGUCCUUGGAAAAAGCCUAUAAUUAUGUGAAGCAAAAACGCAGCAUUGCAAGACCAAAUGCAGGCUUCAUGAAACAGCUGCUGGAAUAUGAAGGAAUUUUAGAUGCAAGCAAACAGCGUCAUAACAAGCUGUGGAAGCAGCAAGCAGAGAGCAACCUACGCCAGAAUGCAGAUGAUUCUACGGGGCCCAGUGACUUCCUGCUCGAUAGCUUAGACAUCGAUCUGGAAAACCGUCUAUCUGACCUGGACGCGCCUUCACAGUCCACGUACUUGGACAACAGAGCCAAUAUGGAGGCCAGGGGGUUUCACUACUGCUUCCGGCGCCUGUCCGACUCGUUGCUGGAGAACAAGCUGCCUGGUGACAGGGAAAUAUUUUUCCAGGUGGAGGAUCUGGAGCGAGACGUGCUUUUGGAGCAGGCCAAUUUGCUGGUUGAUCAGCCUCCCCCAGUCCCUCCUGAGGCUGCGGCAGAUACAAUGAAGGCCAAGGAGAAAGCAGAACCACUGGCAGAGCUGAGAAGUUUCUGCGAGAAGGAAGUGAAGAAGCUGGAGUCCAGCAUGCCAAAGGGGAGGAGUGUGCCCAGUCAGGCGGAUCAGGGAAAGGAAGGCAUCAGGGGGGAAAGUCCUGUGGAGAGGUGGAAGCGGCGCCUAUCUGUGCACAAGGAGGAGAACUUACUGAACAGAGAGAACUUGAAUAACAACAACAGCAAGAGGAGCUGCCCAGAGGAGUUCGAGCGCGAUGCCAUAUUUGGAAUCCUCAGUAAAGUCAAGCCUCCCUACCAGUCAUGCACUGACUGCAUGUAUUCCUCAGCCAGUGCAUCUGCUGAAGCCUCUGGGGAGCAGUAUGAGACGCUGAAUCCAGCUGCCGCGUGCUGCAGUUCUACAAUCUGUACUCAGCCUUCACUCCUCUCCCAUGUGACUUCUAACUCGUCGGACCAAAUGCCUAGCAAGUCGCAGGCUGAGGAAAUAAUGAGGGCUAAAAAUGAUGUUUUGCCUCCAUUGCUGCAGGGAACUAGUGUUUUGGAAGGUGGCACCUGCAAAUCUGUGGUGGAUCAGCAUUGCAAUAUUUCUGAAAAGCCAAAAGAUGCACCAAAAACACCUGUCAAAGCACUGCUUGCCAGGAGAAAUUCCCACUGUGAGAAGAGCCCUCUGAAUACAGAAGUGAUGAAGGAAGAGUCUCCAUCCAGAAAAGAUGUCAAACCCACGAAGGACCUGAAGUACUUGCUGUUUAGCAAAGAUUUGGAAAAGCCAACCACAAACAGUUAUUUGAUGCAGCAUCAAGAAUCUCUUAUUCAGCUUCAGAAAGCUGGCUUAGUUAGGAAACAUACCAAAGAACUGGAGCGUCUGAAGAGUGUGCCAUCAGAAUCCUCAUUGCUGGUAAGAGAGAGCUCCAUGAGCAGAAUUGAUGCUAGUAUACCAGAGGAAAACCAAGAUUUGGCUUUGCACCAAAGCCCAGUAUCUCUUCUGGGUCCAGCACCUUUAAUGUCUGAAGACACAGAGAAUGAUGUGGAGAAGUUAGAGGCCAAAAACCCCUUACAGGGACUGUCUCAGAAAACCUCCACGCCUGUCCUAUGCAGGCUGGAACACAUGAGCAGUUACACAAAGGACUUUCUGAAGACCAUAUGUUAUACACCGUCAUCUUCCAGGAGUUCCAACUUGACGCGCAGUUCUAGUAGCGACAGCAUACACAGUGUGCAUGGGAAACCUGGUCUGGUGAAACAACGAACUCAGGAAAUCGAAACCAGGCUACGACUUGCUGGUUUGACUGUUUCUUCCCCUCUGAAGAGAUCCAAUUCUCUUGCCAAGCUAGGGUGUCUUAACUUGUCCUCUGAGGACUUAUCAAGUGACAUAGAUGUGUCAACGCUAAUGAACUCAAAAGAGGCUAAAUCAAGUGAGUCUUCCAUGCUUUGCGAGUCACAAUCCUCUCUGAGGAGCGUGGACGUAAGCUCCAAACUGCUAGCAAAUUCAGCCACAGGAAACUGGAAGAGCACACUUUGGAAGGGCAAAAGCUGACACGUUCUGGUGUACGUUUUCUUUUAUUUUAAUCAGCAUUUAUUGCCUGAACCCAGUAGUUCAUCUGAUACAACAUCUUUACCCCCUUCCUUGUGCAGUAAGUGGGGAGAAAGAGGGACAUAACUGAACAAGGUGAAUGGCACAAUGGAAAAAAACAUUGCAUGGCUUGGAAGAGGACAUGGUGUGUGAACUGCCUACUGUUCCUAUAGGACAAUAUUCCCAGUACUGUUUGCUAAGUAUAAUAAUGUUAAAAUACAUAUAAUGUAAAAAAAUGUUGAAAAUAUUAUUUCAAAGUCUCAACAAAAGUCAUGGCAUUUUUUAAUUUUUUUAUUUUGCAAAACAAACAUAGCACAAGUCUCUAGUUUAAACAUCCACUUGUGGAAAAACCUGUAGAUGGCAACAUAAACUCUACCUCUGUACUUGAU